AUGAAUACUCUGGCAGACUACGGUGAUGAAAGCGACGAGGAGUCGCCUCGGCGGCGAUCGUUCAACAUGGACCGAAGUAAUGGCUUAGGUGAAGUGCCUGCCCCAACAAUUUCAUAUGCAAAUGAAGAGGAAUCACCGAGAGCCCAUGAAUCGCCGAAAGCCCAACAAACGGAUUCUGAUCAUUCGCCGCCGCAAAGAAGAGAUUCCGACGUGUUUGAUGAUGACAUGAUGUUUGGCGAACCGCGUCGAUACGCGUCAUUCAGCGACACUAGUGAUCGUAGCGAAACUACAGAGUUUCGUGAACCGCCACCACCGAAACGGAAGGAAUUUCACUCACCUUCACCUUCUUUGCCCUACGCCUUCUUCAAAAAUGCAUCAACUGACCGUGACGCGGAGGAUGCUCAAAGCCCUUCUUCUCCCCCUUCGGGAAUGGUUGAACCUCGCCCUCCAGAACGAGUUAGUCAGUCACGUAAAGUGGGAUUUAACUCACGUUGUGAUUCUCAAUUCAGCGAAAGUUUCCAGAAGAGUGACACUGAUGAUGAAAACGAGCGCCUUAUUGAUAUGGCUCUUGAAGAAGGACGGAAUGCUUUAAAACAGGUGGAGGACGGUGCUUCAACGGGAUCUGGUGGAUGGACACCGCGUCCCUAUGAUAGCCCAUUACAUGGUAUGGAUCUCGAUACUGAUACUAAGCCUAUGGACACGCCUCCCCAUCAGGACGUCUGUAUACCUCCAGCACCGACAGCGGAGUGUGAUCCUGAAUUAGUGGUAUGUUAA